AAAGAAACCUAUUCUGACUCGUUUACGCAUUUCCUGGCCAUAACCCCGAGGCCACCUCAGUUCAGCGAAUCCCGGCAUAACCUGCGGAGUGAACUUCAUGACAAUUCUACUAAGCAACAUGUCCACCGCGGCCGCCGCAGCCCCGCUGCCGGCCGCCCUGGGCGUCGACCUGCUCGAGCGGGCGUGGAGCUUCCUGCUCUCCACCCGCUACGAGCUCUUCCUGUUCGUGGCCGCGCUCAUGGCCCAUUUUCUUCUCUUCGGCAAGCCCAUCACGAAGGCGCCGAAGAAGUUUGGCAAGGCGAAGGGAAAGCUCGGCGAGGCCUGCGGCCCCACCGAGAAGAGCCCGCGCGCCGGGGAGGCCCCGUCUGGCGAGCAGCUGUGCAGAAGCCUCAACCUAGCGUUCGAGGACGGCAACCACCGCGAGGUGCUCCGGUGCUGGAGCGCCGCAAAGAGGUGCCCGCACGCCCCCGCGCUGCCCCUCGCGCGCGUGGUGGAGUCGAUGCAGCGCUUCAAGAAGGACACGCCCUUCAUCAUCUCCGAGCUCAAGGGCUUCCUGAGG